CUUCAACGCGUACCGUCGUCAUUUUUCGUUUACGAGGAAAAAGAAAAAAAAUACAUGUCUAAAAUCCUUUGAUAAUCUAACUGACGGACUAAUUAGUUUUUUAGUCGUCUCGCCUAUUCGUCAAUGCUAAUGUCGUGUUUAAGUCAUCAAUAAAGUAUGCUUUGUCAAAAAAUGAUAAAAUAUAUAGUAGGUGCAUCGAUAUUAAGCGUCGUCGGGGCGUGCAGCAUCAACGUCAACUAUUACACAGUCAGUUUGCAUUGCAAACAACAUUAGUAUACUUAUUCGAGCGUUACCUCAUGGGUGUACUUAAUAAGUAGGUACCUGGUAGUUACCUAGUUACGCGAGUCAUUGAAGAACUUUCAUAAAAUUUAUAACAGAGCUGUAGAGAUACGAUUAGUACUUAAGCAAGUUAGUAGGUAGCAGCAGCGGCUGGUCCAUACAAGCCGAUUCCCACCGGCUUGCCUAAAAUUGAUUACUAGUAAAGUACCUAAUGUUACGGUAGGUUUCUUUUUGCUCAAUGUUGCCUAGCAGAAAUUUUCACCAGCCGCCAUGGUAGGUAGGUACUCACUCAGGUUCCUAGUACUGCAUUGGUAUAGAGGGGUGAUAUGAUAACCAUAUUUUAUUAUAUUUUUAGUGGUAGUGGUCAAAAUUCCUUUUAUAUAAACGAUUUAAAAAUUAUAUUAAUGCAGGGAAAUUUGAGUUAAAUUGACCAAUUUAUUUUUCAUGUAUAAUUAUUAUUUAUAUCUUAUCUUACUUUCAAUAAAGACAGUGACAAAAUCCUUCUUUUCAUUUUACAGUCGAUACAGACGGAUAGCUAUUUGUUGUUAAAAUAUGACAGUAAGCAUUACAAUAAAAGCGUGACUAACUUUAAACCAAUGGACAGCAAAGACAGAAAUGAGGUUUUUAAUUCAUCAACGUUUUUUUUUUCAGAUCUGACGUUUACACCCACACGCAAAGGCGGUCGAGCGUUGAUCCUCGAAGGCUACAAGUAUCUCAAGCACCGGCAGUCCGGGCCCAGGACUCGUUGGCACUGCAGCCAGACGCAGCGACACGGGUGCCCGGCUAUUGUGUUCACAGAGAAAGACGUCAUCGUGAGAAGACACGGAAAUCAUGACCAUGAGCCUCCGUUUGAACGCCCAGGUUUGUCCAAACUAGCCACGGCGGGGUAAUGCUGUUCUACCAAGGCUACAAGUACUACCGCAAGAGACAGACCGGCGCGAAAGUCGCGUGGAUGUGUGCGACGCACUACAAGCAAGGCUGCUUGGGCAGAGCUACUACUAUAAAUACUGAGAUAUUUACAUGUCCAAUAUUUAAAAAUGGUUUGCGCGGUGGCAUUGUCCUAUACUACCAAGGAUACAAAUACCACAAAGACAAAGAAGUGGGGAAAAAAGUGAGGAAGUUAAGAUGGGUCUGCGCAACGCAUAGAAAGCCGAGCGGCUGCACCGGUUCCGUGUGCACACUGGACGGUCAAGUGGUGUCCACGGCCACCAAGAAAAUAUAUCCGCAUAACCAUCCGCCUAUAGACAAUAAGACGCUUGAACGAAUACGCGUAAGUGAUCUUCGAAACCACUACGAAAUAGAGGAAGGGACUCAUACCUUGUUCGUACUCCCUGAAAUAAGUCCGAAUUAUUUGUAAUUAAAUAUAUAUUGUAGUUAAAUAAGGAAAAAAGAGGAGUUGUGGUUUUGGUCUGUUGCAAAGAUUGAGCGGUUUGGUUUUAUUUUUAUUUGUAAGCUUUAAUUGUAAUUUGAAUGUUAGAUCUGAAUAAAAAAUACUUAAUUAGAAUGACGUUAGCUAAUUAUAUUAGUAAGAAGCCACAUACCAAGGUUUGUCAGUGUCUACGUACUUUAUAUAAAUAUGCUUAGCCUAAUAUGUAGAGGUAGUUUCCAGAUAUAAGUAAUUGUGAAAAUUCUACUUUUCAGAUUAAUAUGACUAAAUAAAGAUUGUAAAUAUUUCAAAAUACAA